AUGACAAAUAAAAACUUUGAUACAAAAGGAGCAGAAUAUGUUAAUAAAAAUAUGCCAAUGAUUGGAAUUGGUACUUAUCAAAUAAAUUCUGAAAAAAUAAUUUUUGAAGUUUUGGAUUCGGCUUUAGAUGUUGGUUAUAGAUUAAUAGAUACAGCACAAAUAUAUAAAAAUGAAAAAUAUAUUGGUAAAGCUCUUCAGGAAUUAAUGCCUAAAUAUAAAAUUAAAAGAGAGGAUAUAUUUAUAACAACGAAACUAGCACCAAGUAACCAGGGAAUCAAAAAUUGUCGUCAAUCUGUGUUAGACUCGUUAGAAAAAUUACAAAUUGAAUAUUUAGAUUUAUUGCUUAUUCACUGGCCUGGGACUUCUAAAUUGAGAAAAAAUGAUCCCAAAAAUUCUUAUUUGAGAGCAGAAAGUUGGAAAGAAAUGGAGAAAUUACAGAAAGAAGGCUUAAUUCGCGCUAUCGGUGUUUCCAAUUAUAACGUUAACCAUUUAGAGGAAUUACUGGUAAAAGCAGAAAUAUUACCAGCUGUAAAUAUAAAAUAA